AUGGAUGAGCUCUUCGAUGUCUUCGAAGACCAGCCUCAAGCGGCGAGGCCCACUGAUGUCGCACCCACCAAACGAUCGAAGAAGGAUAAGAGCAAGAAGCGUCAGGUGAAUGGCGCUGUAAAGGAAAAUGGUGCUGGGAAAGAGACCAAGGAGGAUAUCGAGAUUCCAGAUGCACCUGCUGCCGAACCCGUGGACGGCGAUGAUGUUAACACUCCUGCGACCGAGAACAACGCCCAGCAACCGGAAGCGAAACGGCCGCGUCUUGAACAGGAACCGCAGCCUGUGUUAGCAGAUGAGUUCGAGACGGCACAGGAGCGCGAGGUCGCAGCGUCUGCAGGAUUACUGGCCUCCAAGGAAACAACGUCGGUCAAGCUGUCCCACCAGGUCCGGCAUCAGGUCGCCAUUCCGCCCAACUACCCAUACGUACCGAUCUCACAACACAAGGCCCCUGAGAACCCUGCGAGGGUGUGGCCGUUCACUCUCGAUCCUUUCCAACAGGUUGCAGUUGCAUCGAUCGAGCGAGAGGAGAGUGUUCUGGUGUCCGCUCAUACCAGUGCCGGUAAGACAGUAGUUGCGGAGUAUGCCAUCGCGCAAAGCUUGAAGAACAACCAGAGAGUCAUCUACACAAGUCCAAUCAAAGCUCUGAGCAAUCAGAAAUACCGAGAAUUUGCGGCGGAAUUUGGCGACGUCGGUUUGAUGACGGGAGAUGUGACCAUCAACCCAACAGCGACCUGUCUGGUCAUGACAACAGAGAUUCUUCGGUCUAUGUUGUAUCGUGGUUCCGAGAUUAUGCGAGAAGUUGCGUGGGUUGUAUUCGAUGAGAUCCACUACAUGCGGGAUGCCAUUCGUGGUGUCGUUUGGGAAGAAACUAUCAUCUUGUUGCCGGAUAAGGUCAGAUAUGUGUUCUUGUCCGCGACAAUUCCCAAUGCAAUGCAGUUCGCCGAAUGGAUCGUCAAGAUGCAUAACCAGCCCUGCCACGUCGUAUAUACCGAUUUCAGACCUACUCCCUUGCAACACUAUUUCUUUCCCGCUGGCGGUGAGGGUAUUCAUUUGGUUGUCGACGAGAAGGGCGUUUUCCGCGAGGAGAACUUUCAAAAAGCGAUGAGCAGCAUUGCGGACAAGAAGGGCGAUGACCCGGCAGACGCUAUGGCCAAGAGGAAAGGGAGAGGCAAAGAUAAGAAACUGAAUAAAGGUGGAAAUGAGGGGCCGACUGAUAUCUACAAGAUCGUGAAAAUGAUCAUGUUGAAGAACCUGAACCCCGUCAUCGUCUUCAGUUUCAGCAAACGUGAAUGUGAGGCGUGCGCUCUUAACAUGAGUGCUCUGGCUUUCAACGAUGACUCGGAGAAGGAAAUGGUUUCUAAGGUCUUCAACAGCGCUAUUGAAAUGCUUUCCGAGGAGGAUCGCAACUUGCCUCAGAUUCAAAACAUUUUGCCGCUGCUUCGGAGGGGCAUCGGUGUCCAUCAUUCGGGUUUGCUUCCCAUUCUCAAGGAAACCAUUGAGAUUCUCUUCCAGGAAGGGCUUAUCAAGGUGCUCUUUGCUACGGAGACGUUCUCUAUCGGUCUGAAUAUGCCUGCGAAGACCGUGGUGUUCACCAGCGUUCGCAAGUUCGACGGUUUCAGCCAGCGUUGGGUCACCCCAUCUGAGUUCGUCCAGAUGUCCGGUCGUGCUGGUCGAAGAGGCCUCGAUGAACGUGGUAUUGUGAUUAUGAUGGUUGGUGAAGAGAUGGAUCCCGCCGUGGCCAAGGAAAUCGUGCGCGGAGAGCAGGAUAGACUCAACUCGGCUUUUCAUCUGGGUUAUAACAUGAUUCUCAACCUGAUGCGUGUGGAAGGUAUCUCGCCCGAGUUCAUGCUCGAGAGAUGCUUCUACCAGUUCCAAAACACAGCUGGUGCCGCUGAGCUUGAAAAAGAAUUGAAGGCAUUGGAAGAGAAGAAGGCCAACAUGACCAUCUCGGAUGAGGGAACCAUUCGCGAGUAUUACGAUUUGAGAGUGCAGCUUGACAAGUAUGCGGACGACAUCCAGGCGGUCAUCAGCCAUCCGGAUCACUGCCUGACUUUCAUGACCCCCGGCCGGUUAGUCCACGUCAAACAUAAAGACAAGGAUUUCGGAUGGGGUGUCGUGGUCAAUUAUAAGCAAAGGAGGCCAGCAAAAAAUUCGCACGAGGAGAUCCCCCGCGAGCAGCAGUACAUCGUCGAUGUCUUGAUGAAGAUUGCCGAAGGACCUUCCGUAGCCACAAAGACCUUCGAGGAAUUACCAUCGGGAGUCAGACCAGCAAAGGAAGGCGAGAAUUCCCGGAUGGAGGUCGUUCCUAUCGUCACCGGCUGCAUCCGCGCCAUCUCACACGUGCGCCUCAGAGUGCCCAAGGAGUUGAACUCGAAAGAGUCGAGAAAUGGAGUCAAGAAGCUGGUGGAUGAAGUAAUGCGUCGCUUUCCUGAUGGCAUCGCUCUGCUUGACCCGCUCGAAGAUAUGAAAAUCCAGGGUGAAGAAUUCAAGAAGACACUACGAAAAGUAGAAGUGCUUGAAUCUCGUCUGCUCGCCAAUCCUCUGCACAACUCACCGCGUCUCCCCGAGCUCUACCAACAAUACGCCGAAAAGGAGGAGUUGGGUGCAAAGAUCAAGGAGACAAAGAGCAAGAUCUCGGACGCCAUGUCUAUCAUGCAGCUUGAUGAGCUUAAGUGCCGAAAACGUGUGCUUCGUCGAUUCGGAUUCAUCAACGAGGCCGAUGUCGUCCAGUUGAAGGCCCGAGUUGCGUGUGAAAUUAGCACCGGAGACGAACUCAUGCUCAGCGAGCUUCUGUUCAACGGUUUCUUCAAUAAACUCACGCCCGAGCAAGCCGCAGCGGCGCUGAGUGUGUUUGUCUUCGAAGAGAAGACCAAGGAGACUCCAGCGCUCACCCGAGAAGAACUGGCAAAGCCCCUCAAGGAGAUCCAAGCACAGGCCCGGAUUGUUGCCAAGGUCUCGCAAGAAUCCAAGCUGGCUGUCAACGAGGAGGAAUACGUGCAGAGCUUCCACUGGGAACUCAUGGAAGUGAUCUACGAGUGGGCGAACGGCAAGUCAUUUGCUGAUAUCUGUGGAAUGACGGAUGUUUACGAAGGGUCCUUGAUUCGCGUCUUCCGUCGAUUGGAAGAGUGUCUCCGGCAAAUGGCGCAAGCCUCCAAGGUUAUGGGUAACGAGGAACUCGAGAGCAAAUUCGAGGAAGCUCUGACGAAGGUGCGCAGAGACAUUGUGGCUGCACAGUCUCUGUAUCUGUAA